CUCCCUCGAUCCCUCUUACCGACUCUCACUCUCUUAUGGCCACCGCUUCUUCCCCAUCCCGUCGCCUCCUCUCUUCCUCCCCGCUUGAACCAUCUCCCCCCGCAGCUCGCGCUUCCCCGCGGCUCCUACCGGUCGAUCUCGUUCCCUCUGAACACUUCUUCCCCCCAUGUCCGAUAAUUUCCCUGCCGCGCCAUCCGCGGACGGAUCCUCCUUCCUGGAAGACGACUGCCAACCCCUGCCCGCCGACCCUCCCCCCGGAAGACCUGCUUCCGACGCUCCUGCAACUCCCGCUGCGCUCCGCCGCCGUAGAGAGGAGGAGGAGCGGAAGAAGGCUGGGAUGGUGAUCACCUUGAUCGUCCAGUCCCCGCUUCCUUCGUAGCUGCCACGGUGAGGGCUCCGCUCCAUGUGGGAGCUCGCCGCCGUCCUCAACUGCCUCCAUGUUCCUGGCUUUGGAAAUGAUCUCUCAUCCGGUAGCAUUUUUAGGGUAUAUCUGCUGGCAAUCCCUCCAGUUUCUCGCAUUGCUAUAGGGCAUUCAACCUGGGUUACAGUACUCUGCAGCAACUUAAGAUUGGUGGCACUGUGUCACUGAUGGGGACAUACCAAUUAUUGCAUCCCAUGGGUGAGUUCUUUGUAUCUAUGGAGUCUAAGACACUUAAAAACAUAUCCAUCUGAUAAUACUGAUGAACUCUGACUGUUAAGUUUUGCAGAACGAAGAUCGAGACAUAUGACUCUUGGUCCUAACCCACAUAUGCUAAUUUCUAAAGCACUAUGUAGCAUCCGUGUUGAGGUGCUUAUUGUGAUGAAUAAUAAUACUAAUUUGAAAGUUUAAUGCCUUUAUUGCAAGUGACAAUGUUUAAUUAUUAUUUAUGUUUUCCCUUUGUUGAUGGAUGUUGGCUUUUAUCUUGUACAUAAACCUGAAAAAUGUAUAGCUAAAGCACUUUCCUUGCACUUACUGUCUUAGUUCCACUUCCUGAGUUGUCUUACAAUGAUGUUUGUCAACAUUUAUGCUUCUUUGGUAUCAUUUUUUUUUUCUUUGUAUAUAAGACAUAUAUCUUUUUUUUUUUCUUGUUCAUGUUUUUUGGUAUUCGGCUUGUAUAGCUGUCAUAACUUGUAUAUGCAAGAGGAGGACCCAGGACCUUUUUGUUAAUGUGUCUGAUGGUACACCAUAAUUUUUCACUUUGCAAUGGAAGUAGAAAGCUUUUUUUCCAACAUUUCAGAAAUAAUGGAGAAGAAAAAAAAUUGCCAAACAUAUUAUGUGGUACCUUGCCAAAUAAAAGUCACCACUAUCCUUGAUCACUGAUUGAUGGUAGCCACCAUGUUUGCUAAUGGUCACUGAAUGCGACCUCCAUCACCUCCAACCACUGCCCUCCAUGACUUGCCAUUAGUCCCUGGUUGUCAAUCUCCGCUGCCAUUGGAAGACAUCAUUGUCCAUCAAUUCUGGCUGGUUAAACUCCUGUUACAAUCCUUUCAUUACGCGUUUUCUGUUCACCAUUUUCCACCGGUUGCCAGCAGCUGCUAACCCGUAAUUGGUUGUCAGUUGUCAACCACCACUAUUCCCAUCUUCAGUUGUUGAUUGUUGUUGCUGAUUGCUAGUCAUCAUCAGAUUCAGCAUCAACCAUAUUUUCCAUCACCAACUGCCACCCUCAGCUACAUUGAUUAAGAACUGGUGCAUUGUUGAACGGAGAAGCAAGUAAGAGAAAAAUAAUGAAUGGGAACAGAGUGGAAACAUCUAGAAUAUGUUUUCCGUUUUUAGUUUUUAAAUUAUACCUUUGAGUGCUUGUUUUGAGACGAAAUGGUUGACCCUUUAGCUGACAAAUUUUUUAGGAGCUUCAUAAUUUUUAAAACUAAGCAUUUCCCCCUUAGUUUUUCUCUGCUUAUUUGAAGUAAACGUGCUUUCUCAAAUAUCAUAAACUAAAGGAUUAGAAACUUCCGAUCUAGAAUUAUAUAGAGCUUUCAUAAGUUGACAUGGAUGAACAUUAUACAUGUUGCACUACAGAUUUGUCCACACUAUAAUAUGUUAACUGGUACUGUUUCCUUUCAAAUGGCACUUGUCAUUGCUAGAUGAAUCAAAUGACUCUCCAUUCAUUAGUGUUGUUAUCCAGUGUACCAUAUAAAUGAGUACUAUAUCCUAAUAAUUGAUUUUGACUUGUUAGCACCAUAUAGGUUACUGUCUCAAGAAUUGUUUCCUUGUCAAUCAUUUCAAACUUUUUACAGGUACUUCUGAAUCCUAUGAUGCAAUUGAUACUUAUAUAUCAUAUAAUUGUGAAUAUGCGAUGUUGAAUCUCUAGCUUUUUGAUAAUCAACAUUAUGACAUGACUAACUGAGCUCUGAAAAUGUAGUCUUUACUCUGCUUGGUUGAUUUGAUACUAGAAGUUGACUUCAUUUUUUUUCAUUUUGCAGCAAGAAGACAUUCAUAAUCUUAUUGAUGAUUCAUUAAAAAUGAGGCAUUCAACUCUUGCAAAGCAAGGAUUGGUGAUCAUUAACAUUGGAUUUCUUAUUGGUACGAAGAUGAUACAACUGUUGGCCAUCCAUUGUACUGUGAAAUUAGACAGGUUGAGGUAAAGAAGGUGAAGGCAAAGGGAUUGUCAUUUGCUUCACAUAUAUCUUUCCAGAGGGUAACUGUUACAACCAACAUGGAUAAAUUCCAAGAAGUUUCAGUAAAAUUUUCUCAAAGUAGAAGUGGAACGGAAUCCUCUCUUGGGAAGAAAUUAAAGUUUGAAUUCUGCUGGAUAUCAAGAAAAUUCGCAAAGAAAAGACAAUGCUCAGCUGUGAGUGUCGUCAGGAGAUCAGUCAUUGGGUGGCCUGAUGUCUCAACCAAUGGUAAAUUGAAUGGCUGUUGGCAAAUGGAUCUGGUUAACAAUGAUACAAGGUGCCCAAAAUCAAAUUACUAUGAAGAAAUUAAUAUCAAACAUCAGGAUGAGCCUCUUGACCACAGGUGGAGGAGAAGGCCUCAGAAAUAUUUGGAAAAAGGAUUUUGUGGAUACUGUUUCUGAUAUUGAUGCAGGCUUCGACAGUGAUGAUGACAUUGUAGGAGAAGCAGUAUAUGAUGAGGAAUAUCUGAGAAGUCAAAAGCAGCAAAAGGUGUCAAGUUGGCCAGAGGGGGAUGAGGCGUUCCGUUGGAAGGAAGAAAAUGUAGAGGAUGAUGAGAUAGAGGAGGAACAUUCCUCGAGCACUAGUGAGAUUUGGAGGAUCAACGCUAUUACGAAAGGUUUCCUGGUCGAACUAGGCAGGAAACAAAAAAAUUGAGAUCAGUUGAUGAGCUCUAGACAGCCGUAAGAUGCAGCAACAGAGCUGCGUGACCAUGUAUAGAUUGCCUGCAGUAUGAGCUAUCAGAUACAGAUUCCACAAAGUCUAAUGAGUCAGAUGCAACAGACAAAUUCUGGUGCAUCUGAUAAUUUAGAACUCUCAACAGCAAGUUAAGUUUCUCAGGAAGAAGACAGUAAAGAAAUAACGUAUAACAAAAUGAGUCCCAUAUUGACCAACUACACUGAGGCUGCAGAUAAAGAUCGGCAACCAGCUGUGCAUAAGACGGACAGCAUCGGGGAGGAAGCAGAUAAGCCCCAAAGAAUAAGAUUCGUAGACCUGAAUGAGCUCGCCCCAGGAACGAGUUCUGAUGAUGGCCUGAGCAUUAGGGACCAAGACCAGGAAGAUUUUUAGGCAGGUCUGUUGAAGAGAACAGAUUUCUAGAUGUAACUGUCGCCUCUUUUUUUCAUUCAGAGGCGCGAUGCCAAGUUAGAUCUGAGAGGAUGUUUACCCAUGUACCGAUUUUAAUCAAGAAGAUGGUCCUUACCGUGACCAUCUAAAUUCUACAUGUACUUCGGCAGAAUUCAAGAUAUGUUAGAUGAGAUCAGUUCAAACAUGGCGGUUUGAUCAUAAUCGCACGUCACUCGCGCCUACGUCAUCCAAGAUGGAUGCGCGUGAGACUGCCAGCGAAGGGCGAGUUCAGAGGCUGCGUCUUCCUUGCUUUCUGCUCUCUUGCAACAAAUGCAUGCGUUGACGGAGACAGCGUUCGGCCUUUCGCCCCCGGCUUUCGGCCCGGGCCGUGGAUACACCUGGCAUUGUGGUGGUCCCGCUACCAAUGCGUGGGAAGAAUUCAUGUGAAUCCUGUGCGAGGCCGGCAUCUCAUCCGCUCCCGAUGCCUGCGUUUUCUUCGUCGAACCGACACAAGUGGAAGACGAGGAGUCUUCGAAUCACUCCGAUCUUUAUGAAGGGCUGCCGGUGAUCCGAGUAGCCACUGCGUUCUCCCACCAUGGCGAGAAUGAGCGAUCGGUUGGCGAGCUUGGGCUCGCUCGCAGCCAGCCUCAUGGUGGUCUAUGCCAUCAUCCGCCGCUACCUCCCCCUCCACCUCCUCGAGCACUCCCUCACCAAGCACACCUUCCGCCUCUUUGCCUCCGUCUACCCCUACGUCCGGAUCACCAUCUCCGAGUUCUCCGGCGACCGCCUGAAGCGCAGCGAGGCUUACACCUCCGUCGAGGCCUACCUCAGUGGCUCCUGCUCGCAGCGCGCCAACAAGCUCAAGGCCGAGCUAGGCGCCGGCUGCGACAGCCUCACCCUCAGCAUGGACGAGCACGAGGAGGUCACCGACGACUUCGAGGGCGCCAAGCUCUGGUGGACCUCCGUGGCGCGCACUCCCCGCUCGCAGACCGUAUCCUUUUUCCCGGAGGCCGAGGCGCGGCGGCACUACCGGUUGACCUUCCACCGCCGGCACCGGGAGCUCGUCAUCGGAUCGUACCUCGCCCACGUCUUGCGAGAGGGGCGCGAGGUCAGGCGCCGCCGCCGGCAGCGCAAGCUCUACACCAACAUUUCCGGCAGUAGGUCGUACGAGUACAGGAAGACGAUGUGGAGCCACGUCGUGUUCGAUCACCCGUCGACCUUCGACACACUCGCCAUGGAUCCCGGCAAGAAGGAGGACAUCAUGGACGACCUCAUCGCCUUCCGCAACGGCAAGGACUACUACGCCAGAAUCGGCAAGGCGUGGAAGCGGGGUUACCUCCUCUACGGCCCCCCCGGCACCGGCAAGUCCUCCGCUAUCGCCGCCAUUGCCAACUUCCUGGACUACGACAUCUACGACCUCGAGCUGACCUCCGUCAAGGACAACACCCAGUUGAGGAAGCUGUUCAUCGAGACCACCAGCAAGUCCAUCAUCGUCCUCGAGGACGUCGACUGCUCGCUGGACCUGACGGGUAAGCGGAAGCCCAAGAGGAAGAAAGAGGGCGAAAGCGGAGACAAGGCCAAGCCGCCGUUGCUGCCGGAGAAGGAGGACAAGGAGGAGAGCAAGGUGACGCUCUCCGGGCUUCUCAACUUCAUCGACGGCCUGUGGUCGGCCUGUGGCGGUGAGAGGCUCAUAAUAUUCACCACAAACCACCUGGAGAAGCUGGAUCCGGCGCUGAUACGGCGGGGGAGGAUGGACAAGCACAUCGAGAUGUCGCACUGUGGAUUCGAGGCGUUCAAGGUGCUGGCGAAGAACUACGUGGGCGUCGACGCGCACCCGCUGUUCGAGGCCGUCCGGCGGCUGCUGGAGGAGGUCAAGAUGACGCCGGCGGACGUGGCAGAGAACCUGAUGCCCAAGUCUGCGGAGGAGGACGACGCCUCGUGUCUCGGGAGGUUGGUUCGAGCGCUGGAAAUGGGCCGGCCGGGAGCAGCGGCCAAAGUCGAGGACGGCAGUAGCGGGGAUGAGACCGCCGAGAGUGAGCUGACGAGUUAAUUUCGAAGGUAAUAAAAAAUAGACAUUAAUGUCGGAUUUCUAUC